AGCUGGUGCCUGCGGAUGGUAUGCAACCCCUGGUUUGAAAGAGUCAGCAUGCUGGUCAUUCUCCUGAACUGUGUCACCCUGGGCAUGUUCCACCCUUGUGAAGACAUGGGCUGUGGCUCCCCACGCUGCAAGAUUCUCCAGAGCUUUGAUGACUUUAUAUUUGCCUUCUUUGCUGUGGAAAUGAUCGUCAAGAUGAUUGCACUAGGGAUUUUCGGAAAGAAAUGCUACCUGGGAGAUACAUGGAAUCGCCUGGAUUUUUUCAUUGUUCUAGCUGGCAUGCUGGAAUACUCUCUGGACUUGCAGAAUGUCAGUUUCUCAGCUGUUCGGACUGUCAGGGUUCUCCGGCCUUUGAGAGCCAUUAACAGAGUUCCUAGUAUGCGUAUCCUGGUCACCCUGCUUUUGGACACCCUUCCCAUGUUGGGAAAUGUUCUCCUCCUCUGUUUCUUUGUUUUCUUCAUAUUUGGCAUUGUUGGAGUCCAGCUUUGGGCAGGUCUGCUCAGGAACCGCUGUUUCCUACCAGAAAACUUCAGCUUCCCUUACACAGUAGAGCUGGAGCCAUACUACCAGACGGAGAAUGAGGAUGAGAGCCCCUUCAUCUGCUCGCAGCCUCGAGAGAACGGGAUGCGUUACUGCCGCAGCAUCCCCACGCGGAGGGAAGAAGGCCUGGAGUGCACCCUGGACUAUUAUUCCUACAACGACACCACCAACACCUCUUGUGUCAACUGGAACCAGUAUUACACCAAUUGUUCUGCUGGGGAACACAACCCUUUCAAAGGAGCGAUCAAUUUUGAUAACAUUGGCUAUGCGUGGAUUGCAAUAUUUCAGGUCAUCACUUUGGAGGGCUGGGUAGAUAUCAUGUACUUCGUCAUGGACGCUCAUUCCUUCUACAACUUCAUCUAUUUCAUUCUCCUGAUCAUUGUGGGCUCCUUCUUCAUGAUCAACCUCUGCUUAGUAGUCAUCGCAACUCAGUUCUCGGAGACCAAGCAGCGCGAGAGCCAGCUGAUGAAGGAGCAACGGAUCCGUUACCUCUCCAACGCGAGCACACUGGCCAGCUUCUCCGAGCCGGGGAGCUGCUAUGACGAACUCCUCAAGUAUCUCGUCUACAUCCUUCGUAAAGCCAGCAAGCAGGUGGUGGAGGUGUACCGAACAGCAGGGGUGAAAAUGGGCUUCCUCUCCAGCCCAGGCAGCAAGAGCAGCACAGAGAGGCCAUCGUGCAAGCACCGGCCUCGGAAAAGAUCGUCGGUGCAUCAUCUCAUUCACCACCACCACCACCACCACCACCACUACCACCUGGGGAAUGGAAGCCUGCAGGCGCCACGGGCCAGCCCGGAGAUCAGCGACGUGGAGACCAGCUCCCUCCACAACGGUGCCAACAGGCUAAUGCUGCCUCCAACAGCCAAUCCUCACGCGGCUUCCGGCAACACCGAAUCUGUGCACAGCAUCUACCAUGCAGACUGCCAUUUUGAGCCAGUUCACUGCAAGCCAUCUCUCCCUCAGCCUGGCCUCAGCUUACCUGGGCCAGAGGUGCUUCCCCGGACGGUAGUUGGCAGCAAGGUCUACCCUACUGUGCACCCAAGUAGCUCUCCUGAGCUGCUGAAGGAUAAAGGCUUAGGAGAGCCUGCACUGAUUCCUGGAGCCAGCACCCUGAUGAACCUUAAUAUCCCUCCAGGACCCUACAGUCCAAUGCAGAAAUUGCUAGAGACACAGAGCACAGGUCCGUGCCAAGGUUCCUGCAAGAUCUCCAGCCAGUGUGGGAAGCCGGACGGUACGUGUAGCCCCGAGAGCUGCCCAUAUUGCCUCAAGACCUUGGCAACCAGUCCGGAGCAGGUGGACAAUGAGGCAGGCGACUCCGAUAGCGACGGAGUGUAUGAGUUCACCCAAGAUGCCCACUACCACGAUCAGAGAGAUCCUCAGCCCUGGAAAGCCCGGGGAAGAAAUACGCUGAAGCUUCUCGCUUUCUGGAAGGUGGUUUGUGAAACAUUCCGCAAGAUUGUGGAUAGCAAGUACUUUGGCCGUGGGAUCAUGAUCGCCAUCCUGAUCAAUACCCUCAGCAUGGGGAUUGAGUAUCACGAGCAGCCUGAAGAACUCACCAAUGCACUGGAAAUCAGCAAUAUUGUGUUCACUAGCCUCUUUGCUCUAGAAAUGCUUCUGAAGCUCCUCGUGUAUGGCCCUUUUGGUUACAUCAAAAAUCCAUACAAUAUCUUUGAUGGGAUCAUUGUGGUGAUCAGUGUCUGGGAGAUAGUGGGACAGCAGGGCGGAGGCCUCUCUGUUCUACGGACCUUCCGUCUUAUGCGAGUCCUGAAGCUGGUCCGUUUCAUGCCUGCUCUCCAACGCCAGCUGGUGGUUCUCAUGAAAACAAUGGACAACGUGGCCACCUUCUGCAUGUUACUCAUGCUUUUCAUCUUUAUCUUCAGUAUCCUUGGGAUGCAUCUCUUUGGCUGUAAGUUUGGUUCGGAGAGAGAUGGAGACACUCUUCCAGACAGGAAGAACUUCGACUCCUUGCUCUGGGCCAUCGUUACUGUUUUCCAGAUACUUACUCAAGAAGACUGGAAUAAAGUCCUAUACAAUGGCAUGGCUUCUACCUCUUCUUGGGCUGCCCUAUACUUCAUUGCCCUCAUGACAUUCGGGAAUUACGUUCUCUUUAACUUGUUGGUUGCCAUCUUGGUAGAAGGUUUUCAGACAGAGGAAAUCACCAAGCGGGAAGCCGCGAGUAGGCAGUUAAGCUGUAUUCAGCUGCCUGUCGACUCGUCAGUGGGUGAUGCUACUAAGUCCGAUUCUGAGGGGGAACUUUUCCCCCGUAGUUUGGAAGAAGACUGUGGACUUAAGAAAAACUUUUCGAAUUCUGCCUUGAUGGCUCUUUGUGACCACCCAGAGCUAAAGAAGAGCUUGACCCCUCCACUCAUCAUUCACACUGCUGCCACGCCUAUGCCCAUGCCAAAAAGUGCCAUGUAUGGAGAAGUGGCUCAGGGCUACGAUUCCCGAAGAGCUAGCAGCAUCUCCAUGGAUCCUAAUGCAUAUGAUCUCAAAUCCCCGAUGAGCAUUCGGAGCUCUCCACACAGCCCUUGGAGCGCAGGAAGCAGCUGGAACAGCCGUCGGUCGAGCUGGAACAGCAUCGGGCGGGCUCCCAGCUUGAAGCGCCGCAACCAAAGCGGAGAGCGCAAGUCGCUUCUGUCAGGGGAUGGGAAGCAGAGUUCGGAGGAGGGGGAAAGCUCUGAGGAAGAGCAGUCCAGCAGGACCGGGAGCAUCAAUGGCUCUAUACCUCACCGCAUGGAGUCCCUGGAAACCAAGGGCUCCUUUGACUUCCAAGAUACCCUGCAGGUGCCUUCACUGUACCGGACCAGCAGCAUCCACAGUAGCCACAGCUCUGCAUCAGAGCGCCAAGACUGCAACGGUAAAACGGCCUCCCGAGUCCUGAUCCAACAGCUGCACUUGGAGGAUCCACUUCCUGAAUGUGAUGAUCCGGAUGACGAGGGAAACUUGAAUAAAAAGGACCGCAUGAAGGCUUGGAUAAGGGCACGGCUCCCCACCUGGUGCAAAGAAAGAGAUUCCUGGUCUGUCUACAUCUUUGCUCCUCAGUCUAAAUUUCGUGUGAUAUGCAAUAAAAUCAUCACUCACAAGAUGUUUGAUCAUGUCGUCUUAGUUAUAAUUUUUCUGAACUGCAUCACCAUUGCAAUGGAGCGUCCCAAAAUUGAGCCACACAGCGCAGAGCGGAUAUUCCUUACCCUCUCCAACUAUAUUUUCACAGCAAUCUUUCUGGCUGAAAUGACCAUCAAGGUGGUGGCGCUGGGCCUGUGCUUUGGUGAGAAGGCCUACCUGAGAAGCAGUUGGAACGUGCUGGACGGGGUGCUGGUUCUCAUCUCGGUGGUGGACAUCCUGGUUUCAAUGGUUUCUGACAGUGGCACAAAAAUCCUGGGAAUGCUAAGAGUCUUGAGGCUGCUGAGAACUCUCCGACCGUUACGGGUCAUUAGCCGAGCACAAGGGCUGAAACUGGUGGUGGAGACCUUGAUGUCAUCCCUAAAACCCAUUGGGAACAUUGUUGUCAUCUGCUGCGCCUUCUUCAUCAUUUUUGGCAUCCUGGGAGUUCAGUUAUUCAAAGGAAAGUUUUUUGUCUGCCAAGGUGAGGACACAAGGAACAUCACCAACAAGUCUGACUGUGCAGAAGCCACCUACAAAUGGGUCCGGCACAAGUAUAAUUUUGAUAAUCUCGGCCAGGCCUUAAUGUCUCUGUUUGUUUUGGCCUCCAAAGAUGGGUGGGUGGACAUCAUGUAUGAUGGACUGGAUGCUGUAGGAGUGGAUCAGCAGCCGGUCAUGAACUAUAACCCUUGGAUGCUCCUCUACUUCAUCUCCUUCCUGCUGAUUGUUGCCUUCUUUGUACUCAACAUGUUCGUGGGAGUUGUGGUGGAGAAUUUCCAUAAGUGCCGUCAGCACCAGGAGGAAGAGGAAGCCAAGAGGCGAGAGGAGAAGAGGCUAAAGCGGCUGGAGAAAAAGAGAAGGAAAGCACAGUGUAAACCCUACUACUCUGAUUAUUCUCGCUUUCGACUUCUAAUUCACCAAAUGUGCACCACCCACUACCUGGAUUUAUUCAUCACAGGUGUAAUUGGGCUCAACGUCAUCACCAUGGCCAUGGAGCACUACCAGCAGCCCAAGGUUCUUGACGAGGCUCUGAAGAUUUGCAAUUACAUCUUCACUGUCAUCUUUGUCAUGGAAUCUGUUUUCAAGCUGAUUGCAUUUGGGUUUCGACGAUUCUUUCAAGACAGAUGGAACCAAUUAGACCUGGCAAUAGUGCUGUUGUCCAUCAUGGGCAUCACGCUGGAAGAGAUUGAGGUGAAUGCAUCGCUGCCUAUCAACCCCACCAUUAUCCGAAUCAUGAGAGUCCUGCGGAUUGCUCGAGUGUUAAAAUUGCUGAAGAUGGCUGUAGGGAUGAGAGCUUUGCUGGACACGGUCAUGCAAGCACUGCCUCAGGUGGGCAAUCUCGGUCUUCUCUUCAUGUUGUUGUUUUUCAUAUUUGCAGCUCUUGGAGUGGAGCUGUUUGGAGACCUUGAAUGUGAUGACACUCAUCCAUGUGAGGGCUUAGGGCGGCAUGCAACCUUUCGCAACUUUGGGAUGGCCUUUCUCACACUUUUCCGUGUGUCCACAGGAGACAACUGGAAUGGGAUAAUGAAGGACACGUUACGAGACUGCGAUGAGGAAUCCACCUGUUACAACACUGUCAUCUCGCCUAUCUACUUCGUCUCUUUUGUGCUGACAGCCCAGUUCGUCCUGGUGAAUGUGGUGAUUGCUGUACUGAUGAAGCACUUGGAGGAAAGUAACAAGGAAGCAAAAGAGGAAGCGGAGCUGGAACUGGAGCUGGAGAUGGAAAUGAAGACGAUCACCCCGGGUCAGCACCCGCCCACAGACCCUUUCACAUGGGCAGGCAGUAAUGCAGGAGAAAGGCCUGAGAGUCCUGGAGGAUAUGCCAAUCCCAUGCAAAUCAAGGUGGAUUCUCAGCUCUCAUUGGUUCACCCCAUGACCGAUUUUCCCCCAAGGAAUGACCCCCUGGCUCUGUCACCGAGCAAGGACCUGCUGAGCGUGAGGAAGCCCUCUGUAGGCCGCACCCAUUCCUUGCCCAACGACAGCUACAUGUUCCAGGCCCCGGGUACCAGCCCUUACGGAGAUGCCUCUGGAGAAAAGGGCACGUCCUAUCAAAAAUCUCAGUCAGGCUCAACAACAUCAGUGCAGUCUCAGCCUGCAAACAUUGAUGCUCUCCUACAAAUUCCAAGAGAUCUUUUCCACCACCUUAAGCCCCAAUACAACCUUGACUGGGAAAGCAAAUCUAAAGUCGCUCCACCUGUGCAUUCUCCUUCAGCAGAACGGUUACUUCGUAGGCAGAUGGCAAUACGGAAUGACUCCUCAGACACCCAUAGCUCAGAAAGCAGAGAGAACAUCCAUGCUGAGGCGAGUGAACUCUCUGAUCCAAAUUUGUCAGCUCCAUCUACUGAGGACCUGUCUAUCACUUUGACGCCCUCAGAAACAAAAGAGUCAACCAGCUGGGGGCGAUCGAGUGUUCAUACUCAGCAGCAUUCCCGCAAUCAGUAUAACAUUUCCAAGCAUGUUCCAGAUCUGUGUGCCUGUACAGACUCCCUUCAAGAACUACCUGUAGACCCGAUGGACCAAGAAGUAUCAGAAAUAAACAGCUCUUUUACUUCAGGGACUUGUUCAGCCAUGAGUGCCUCCUCAGUGGUUCAGCCGGAGACCCCUAAGAGAAACAUAGGCAACAGCGGCAACGUUACCUUGAAGGACCUGAAGAAAUGCUACAGUGUAGAUACACAGGGUCUUCUUAAAAAACCAUCCUCCUGGUUAGAUGACCAAAGGAGACAUUCCAUAGAAAUUUGCUCCAUAGAAAACAGUCCUCAGCACCAUUCCACAUCUAGUUCUUCUGGCUUCAUAAGUCAGGUCUUCAGUGAAAUGGAAGGCUUGCAAGGGACACGGCCGAAGAAAAAACUGAGCCCCCCGUGUAUAUCAAUAGACCCACCUGACGAACAGAGAUUGUUGCUGAGAAGAUCGUGCACUGCAUCACCUCGCAGGGCAGAUGUCUGCUUGCGAAGACGUGCACCGUCUUGGGAUUCCAAGGAUUCGGUGGAUGCAGGGGACUCGGCGCUGCCAGACAGUAUGUCAGUCACUCCUACCCCAAAGAAAGACUUGUUAACACUCCCUAGUUUUUCUUUUGAUCAAACAGAGGUGGACCCUUGAGUUUGUUUGUUUUCGUUGGUGGUGCCAAAUGUUUCUU